UCCACCUGUGGUGUGUCUAUAGAUCUAACCAAGAGCAAAAUGUAGAACACACCUUGAAUAUUAUUCACCACUAGUUCUGUGAGUAUAACUUAUAGUACUGUAUUAUGUGACAUUAUGUUUCAGCUGCUUUCAUUUUCCUUCACAUAGAUGCUGCAAACUUCAAAUCAGAUCACCGAUUUCUCAGGAGAAGAAUAAGAGUUUUACUGAAUUCUUAGUCUCUGAUUUGUUGUGUGGAAUGGAAAACAGCACUGUUUCCUUUUACUUUAACCUCACCAUGUUUGUGAACAUUGGACACUACCGCUAUCCAGUCUUUGUUUUUUGCCUCCUGCUGUACAGUUUUAUUCUCUCUGCUAAUCUUGUCAUAAUAGUGGUGAUAUCUCGAGAAAGAACACUACGCGAACCCAUGUAUGCGUUUAUUGCCUUGUUAUCUGUCAACUCUCUGUAUGGAUCGACUGGUUUCUUCCCCAGAUUCCUCGUGGACCUUCUCUCUGAUACUCAUUUAAUAGCACGUCCUACUUGUUUCACUCAGAUCUAUGUUAUUUACACAUAUGCUUCCUAUGAAGUGACCAUUCUGAGCAUUAUGGCAUAUGAUCGAUAUGUUGCUGUUUGUGAUCCUUUACACUAUCACAGUAAGAUCAAUUCCAAAACUGUCCAUAAAUUGGUAUUUUUUGCUUGGGUCUGUCCAACGUGUAACCUUACAAUAGCUGUUAAUAUGAUUGUCAGGCUUCCACUAUGUGGUAACAAUAUACAGAGGGUAUACUGUGCCAGCUGGAAUAUUGUAAAAUUAUCAUGUGUUAACAAUGCUGUUAACAGUAUUGCUGCUACAUUGGUGGCCAUAAUUGCAGCCUUCCUUCCGUUUGGUUUUAUUUCGUACACCUAUCUGAAAAUUGUUGUUGCUUGUUGGAGAAAGUCAUCAGAGGUCAGGGUGAAAGUAUUUCACAGUUGCCUUCCACAUGUAAUGUCAUGUGUGAUUUAUUCCAUCACAUCAUUUAGUGACACUGCCCUGAACCGACUAAAUCUUGAUGAGAUAAAUCCAUUUGUGGCUAUAAUUCUGUCACUAGAGUUUGUUGUUAUUCCUCCGUUUCUGAAUCCUCUUAUGUAUGGCCUUAAAUUACCAGAAAUUAGAAGACACAUUGUGAAGAUUUUACCAUUGAAAAUAUCUCUUAAAAUGUAGUGUGACUAUAAUAUUGUGGCAAUAGACUUCAUGGCACAGUCUGUGAAGUGAAAUGUGUGGUGAGCGUGCAACCAUUUCUUAUAAGAUGAAUUUAUAAAUAUGCACACUUUGUUUUCAGUUGAGAUUCAUGUGAAUUGUAAUUUAUUAGGUUGCUAAUGUUAAGUAUCUAUUUUUAAUUAAAUGUUACACCCCA